CACGACAACGUCGUCUUCCUCCUCGACGCGUUCGCGUCCGAGGACGCGCUCGUGAUGAUCUUCCCGCUCGCGCGCGGCGGCGACCUGCGAGGAGCGAUACGCCGGCGACGGCGAGCGCGCGAGCGCUUUCGCGCGCGCGACGUGUGGACCAUCUUCCGCGGCGUCGCGCGCGGCCUCGCGCACCUCCACGCGCGCGGGAUCGCGCACCGAGACGUCAAGCCCGCGAACGUUUUGCUCGGCGACUGCGACUCGUCGUCGUCGUCGUCGUCGUUCGCGGACGUCAAACUCGCGGACCUGGGACUCGCGGUGCGCGUGCCCGACGCCGACGACGCGAGGCCGCUCAGGAGUAAGGUCGGGACGCCGUUCUACCUCGCCCCAGAGGUGGUGAGGGGAGGGGGGUACGGACUCGCCGCGGACGUGUGGAGCCUGGGGUGUCUGCUGUACGAGCUCGCGUCGUCGCGGUCGCCGUUC